AUGCUGGGCCAAACAACCACCUUAGGCCAUGGCCUGGCCAAUAUCCUGGGCAUCAAACUCGAUGAGCAAAAGAAAGGACUACAGAGUGACACAACAAGCGCCGCCUCUAUCACUUCGAUACAAAGCAGUGGCUCUUUCUACGAGACCGAACCCACAUCAACAGAAUGGCUAAAGGAACAGAUCCCUUCCAAGAAAGAACUUGGCGCCUACGGAGCUUCACUAUUCCCAUUCUCUACAUGGAUUAGCCACUAUAACCUGCAGUGGCUUGCAGGUGACUUAGUUGCCGGUAUCACAAUAGGCGCUGUUGUUGUUCCACAAGGAAUGGCUUAUGCCAUACUCGCCAAGCUAGAGCCCCAGUUUGGUCUUUAUUCGUCUUUUAUAGGAGCCUUAAUCUAUUGGAUAUUUGGGACAUCCAAGGAUAUCUCAAUAGGUCCAGUCGCCGUACUUUCUACCGUUGUUGGUAAUGUUGUUCACGACAUUCAAGCCUCUGGUUGGGACAUACCUGCUCAUGUCAUUGCAUCGGCCUUAUCAAUUACGACAGGAUGCAUUGUUCUUCUUAUCGGAUUACUCAGAUGCGGGUGGAUAGUCGACCUCAUCUCGAUUACUUCACUAUCAGCUUUCAUGACAGGUUCUGCUAUUACUAUCUGCGUGGGCCAACUGCCAGCGCUCCUCGGUCUGUCAGGAUUCUCGAACCGAGAUUCGCCAUAUGAGGUUCUUGUAAAUACGAUCAAGAAUCUAGGGGAUGCAAGCUAUGAUGCCAUCGUCGGAUUAUCUGCUCUGUCAAUUUUGUACCUUGUUCGUCAGAGCUUCGCGGCUGCGGCAGAACGCUACCCGAAACACAAGAGACUAUUAUUCUUCAUCAACACAAUGCGGACAGUCUUUGUCAUCUUGGUCUACACGAUGAUCAGCUGGAUCCUCAACAUGCAUAGGCGAGAAGACCCCCUAUUCAAGGUCCUGGGAGUAAUUCCGAAAGGAUUUCAGAACAUUGGCGUACCCACGAUAACGCCAGAACUCAUAUCAGGCUUUGGUCCAUAUCUCCCUGCCACCGUCAUAGUUUUGCUCGUCGAGCACAUCGCCAUCUCCAAGUCGUUUGGGCGUGUUAACAACUACACCAUCGACCCCUCUCAGGAGAUGGUUGCAAUUGGAAUGGCCAACCUUGUUGGACCGUUCUUUGGAGCAUUCCCUUCGACAGGCUCCUUCAGCCGAACUGCCAUUCAGUCGAAGGCUGGCGUACGAACGCCUGCUGCGGGAAUUAUUACUGGAAUGGUGGUUCUAAUUGCGACAUACCUACUGACUGCUGUUUUCUUCUACAUCCCAAGUGCUGCACUAGCGGCUGUCAUCAUCCAUGCAGUUGGAGACCUCGUCACUCCCCCAAACACCAUCUACCAGUUCUGGAGAGUUUCUCCUGUUGAAGUUUUUAUCUUCUUUACUGGUGUGGCCGUCAGUAUCUUUUCACAGAUCGAAAACGGGCUAUAUGCUACUGUCCUUCUUUCAGGUGCUGUGCUUGUCUACCGAAUCCUCAAAACUAAGGGCCGAUUUAUGGGCAAGGUCAAGGUCCAUUCAGUCAUUGGCGACCAUGUUAUCGCUGAUGACCACCGCAAAGUCGUCGGUGAAUAUGGAACAUUCGAGAAUCCAGAAACCUCGGCGAGGAAUGUGUUUUUACCCCUUGGCCAUGGCGAUGGCUCCAAUCCUGAAGUUGAAGUCGACCAUCCAUAUCCUGGAAUCUUCAUCUACCGCUUCUCCGAGGGCUUUAAUUAUCCGAACGCCAACUCUACACUGGACUAUCUCACCAACUUCGUCCAAUCCAAUACUCGACGCAGCAGUCCUGAAGCAUUCGAACAGCCAGGAGACAGACCGUGGAACAACCCUGGACCAAGGAAAUCUGCAAAACGACCUGUUCAUGUGGACUCGGAUUCUGGACUUCCGACAUUAAAAGCAGUCAUCAUGGACUUUAGCUCUGUCAACAAUGUUGACAUAACAUCGAUGCAGCGGCUGAUCGAUGUACGCAACCAGCUGGACUCAUACGCGUCCCCCAAUGGAGUGGAUUGGCACUUUGCCUGCAUCAGCAACCGAUGGACCAAGAGAGCUCUUGUAGCAGCAGGAUUUGGAGCCCCGUACAUGCCGGACGAGGAUGGAUCACCACGGCGUUGGAAAUCGAUAUUCAGCGUAGCAGAAAUUGGAGGCAGGGACUCCGCUGCUGCUCUGGCUCAAGAAACAGGCUUCCACGGUCUAGCACCAGAUCACAGCAACAUUACAGACGAAGAGCCUUUGAUUGGAGGACUGAAUUAUGUGCAAUCUUAUGGUUCCAUCUCAUACGGAGAGUUGGAGAAGCAAAGGCGGCGAGGAGCUGUGGUUCACGGUUUAGACAAGCCGCUAUUCCAUGUAGAUCUAACGAGUGCAUUGCAGAGCGCAAUCGCCAAUGUGGAAGAGAGACCUGGCUCUGGGAUUACGAAUCACGACUAA